AUGCUUGGCUUCAAAACUCUCCUUCUGUCCUUGGAAAUUGCCUCGACAGUCGCACACCCUGGGGAGAAGCAUUCCGUUCUCGCCCGCGAAGGUCAUGAACAUCGAUCUGCUGUAGCGCAGGCACAGCGGUCCCUUAGCUUUAAGGCCGAAACCAGCGUCGCAGUCGCUCUCAAGUCGCGUGCGGUUGCUCGGCGUGCCAAGAUCGCCGCCACUAUUCGUGAAAAGCGAGCCAUACAAAACAAGCCUCUUGUUUCAAGAGACUUGGAGCAGUUGGAGGCGUACGAUGCCACUUCCCACGAUAUCUUCGGCUCCAACUCCACCACGGGAUUGACUCCCCAGGCUAUCCUUGGCCCUUACUUCGUUGCCGGGGAGUGGCUCCGUACCGACAUUACUGAGGGGACCCAGGGAGUACCACUGCACUUGGACAUCCAAUUCGUAGACAUAGCUACAUUCAAUCCCAUUCCGCGGUUGGCGGUUGAUGUUUGGCACUGCAAUGCCACUGGAGUCUAUUCUGGAAUCAACGCUACAUUGGGACAGGGCGGGUUGAACACUACAUUCCUUCGAGGCGUCAGCAUAACAGAUGACGACGGAGUUGUUCAGUUUGAUACGCUGUUCCCCGGACACUACUCUGGUCGCUCUCAACACAUUCAUGUUAUCGGCACAGAGAAUGCCCGUUUCUUGCACAAUGGCACUUAUCUCAAUGGUACUGCUAGACACAUUGGCCAGAUCUUCUUCAAUCAGGAUCUAAUCUCAGAGGUUGAAACCACUGAGCCUUAUGUCCAGAACACGGUCAACAUUACUACCAAUGUCGAGGACUUGAUUGCUCCCGAUGCCGCCACUGCGACAUAUGACCCCUUAGCGGAUUAUGUCAGGCUUGGGGACAGCAUAAGCGAUGGACUUUUGUCCUUCAUCACUAUUGGCAUCAACACUACAGCCGACUACUCGGCCAACAUCAUCCCAGCCUCUCACUAUUACGAGACUGGGGGUGUUGACACUGGGACUGGUGGCCUUCCUCCAGGAGCUCCAUCGCCUCCAUAA